CAUUUAAGUUAAUAAUAGACAAAAUCUAUCACAAAAAUUCAUCAUAUGGUUUAACAUUCAUUAUCCAUAAUUAGGACAAAAAAAAUUACAACAACCUGAUGUAAAUAGUAAAAAAAAAAAAAGGAAAGUAAGUCUCAAGUCAGAAGUCCCCCAACACUUGACCAGCUUCUCAACAACUCUGCAACUUACGGUAAAAGACAAAGGAAGAAACCUGAAUGGGCAAAUCUGGUUCUGGAAGGAGUAAAAAUUGGAGCUGAAAAGGUAGUAAUAAAAAAUAGUAUUUAAUUAAAAAAAAAAAUAGAGGAAGGCACUAAGUAAAGGUGGAAAUCGCAGAAGAAAAAGAAUAAACCACGGUCUUUGCUUGGGACCCAUCUUCAAAUCUGUGACAGAGAUGGCAGUUUCAUUUCCUCGGCUCUUAUUCUGCUGGCUGCUCAAAACACCAUCUCCUUUAAUUUAUUUAAAUCUCUCAUUUUUCUUCUCUUUCUAUUGAAUUUUGUUGUUGUUUUUCUCUCUCUAGAAUUUCUUUUAUUUUUUAUGAAUAUAUUAAUAAUAUUAAUUGUAGUAUAAUAGUUGGUAGAAAGGGAAGAAAGAUGGGAGAUUUGUUUUGUUAUGGCCCUUUGUGAACUCUGCCAAAGGGAAAAACAAAGUCUUCUCUUUCACACCUUUCAAUCUAAAAAAAAAACAUGGGAAGAAGAAUCUAGGGUUGGACAACACCAAAUUCAACAAGGUCUGGGUUUUUUUUUUUUUUUUGGUAUUUCUCCCUUGUUUUCUCCUAAUAGAGAGCUGUUUUUGUUUUGAUUUUGUCUGGUUUCUCCGUUCUUUUUUUAGUCAGUUUUUACGGGCCCUGUUGAAUCUGAUCUUCUUAGCCUACUCUGUAUUGGAAAAGAAAAAAAUUGGUCUUUGAAACUAAAUUUGGUUUAAAUUCUGUUGAAAAAGUUUGGUGAUCUGAAAAUUGAAUUUUGAGUGAUGGACUUUUUGUUUUUGUUUAAAGAUUGAAUGAUUUAGUAAACUUGGCUGUUUUAUAUAGUAUGUUUUGGUUUAGCUAACUUGAGUUUGGGGAAUUAGGUUUUUUUGGUUUGGGUAAUAUGGAGGAGAUUGAACAAGCUAACAAAGCAGCAGUAGAGAGCUGCCAUAGAGUUUUGAGUAUUUUGUCUUUGCCUCAAGAUCAGGUUCAUUAUAGAAAUUUAAUGGCUGAAACUGGGGAGGCUGUUUUUAGGUUCAAAAGCGUAGUUUCUCUUUUAAACUCUAGUUUGGGACAUGCAAGAGUUAGGAAGCUAAGGAAAUUACAAACCCCUUUUCCUCAUAGCAUCCUUUUGGAUAAUCCACACCAUAAUGCAACAGAUUAUCCAUUCAAGAAUUUGCAGCUUGGUUACCAUGAAAGCUCAGUUCACGAAUUGAGCUCACAUGCUAAGAAUUCUCUCUAUUUAGGAAACCCAUCUUUAGAAUUGAGUUCAAAUGAGAAAAACCCUCUUCAACAGGUGCCAUCCGCACGCUAUCAUUUCCUCCAACAACAACAACAACAACAACUGCAGCAAAGGUUGCAGCUCCAGCAGCAGCAGCAACAGCAACAGCAACAGCAACAAGAGCAUUUGAAACAUCAACCUAAAAUGAUGUUUAGGAAGAAUAAUAGUGGCAUUAACUUGAAUUUUGAUAGCUCUAGCUGCACACCUACCAUGUCAUCAACUAGGUCUUUUAUUUCUUCGUUGAGUAUAGACGGUAGUGUAGCUAACUUGGAUGGUGGGAGUGCCUUCCAUUUAAUUGGGGCGCCUCGUUCCUCAGAGCAGGGUUCCCAACAGAAGAAGAAGUGUUAUGGUAGGGGAGAAGAUGGGAGUGUCAAAUGUGGAAGUAGUAGUAGAUGUCACUGCUCCAAAAAGAGGAAACAUAGAGUCAAGAGAUUAAUCAAGGUGCCUGCUAUCAGUAACAAGCUUGCUGAUAUUCCUCCUGAUGAUUAUUCAUGGAGGAAAUAUGGGCAGAAGCCAAUCAAGGGUUCUCCUCACCCUAGGGGAUAUUAUAAAUGCAGUAGUAUGAGAGGUUGCCCGGCAAGGAAGCAUGUGGAGAGGUGCUUGGAAGAGCCAUCCAUGCUUACUGUUACCUAUGAAGGUGAGCAUAACCACUCAAGGUUAGCAUCACAAUCAACAACAACAUAGUCUCACUGGAAACUCUGCUAAGAUUGCGUCAAGCCUGUCAAUGGUCACUCUGUUACCAAUUUAAGGGUUUGUUUGACUUGCUCCUGUACAUAUUUUGCAUGGUUCAAGCAUGGGAUAUAUUGGAGCUAUUUCUUUUACUUUCUCUUUUUUUGGGGGCUUCGGAAGGUUGGCUUUCCAUGCCUUUUUAACUAUUUGGCAGCUGGCAUUAAGCCUGGUGCUGGACCAAAAGAAAUUUUAUAAUUGGAGUUUGUAAGAAAUGUUUCAUCUAUCAUGGCAAUUAAUGCUUGGAAGGGUUUGAACUUUUUGAAUUGAAUGAAAUGCCAUCAAUGCUGUUCAAGGUGUUGCUAUUGGUGUUUCGUUUGGACUUCUUAUGAA